AUAUACCUUUCAUCGCACGCCUUUUCUAUCCCGCCUCCGAACGUGAUUGAUCUUUAUAUCUCCCACGCCUCCACCUACUUUCCGCCUGGGGAAUCUUUCCCCGCCAAACCCAGUCAUUCAUGGAGACUGCUCGGCGAUCCUGGGAGCUUGAAAAUGUUGUCACUCUCAUCGAUCCUCAACGAGAUGCCCUCUACCAAUAUGAUGACGAAACACACAAAGCCCUCAGUAAUGCCCGGCCUUGGGCGAAAGACCCGCACUAUUUCAAAUCGAUCCGAAUCUCUGCAGUCGCUCUGCUAAAGAUGGUCAUGCAUGCCCGUUCCGGAGGCUCGCUCGAAAUUAUGGGUCUGAUGCAAGGCUACAUUCUCCCGGAAACAUUCGUCGUGACAGAUGCUUUCCGUCUCCCCGUCGAGGGCACAGAAACUCGAGUCAAUGCCCAGGAAGAAGCAAACGAAUACAUGGUCUCAUAUCUCCAAGCCUGCCGCGAUGCCGGAAGGAUGGAAAAUGCGGUGGGAUGGUAUCACAGUCACCCGGGAUACGGAUGCUGGCUCUCCGGAAUUGAUGUCACGACACAGGAUAUGCAGCAGCUCGGCGGGCCGUUUGUUGCUGUGGUUAUUGACCCUGAACGAACUAUCUCUGCGGGAAAGGUUGAUAUCGGCGCAUUUAGAACAUUCCCCAAGGACUACACCCCCCCCAAGGAGGCGCAGGAGGAGGACGAGUAUCAGACGGUCCCUCUCAACAAAGCAGAGGAUUUCGGGGCCCACGCAUCGCACUACUACUCCCUAGAAGUAUCAACUUUCAAGAGUGCACUUGAUACCGAGCUUCUAUCGCUGCUGUGGAACAAGUAUUGGGUGGCUACUCUCAGUCAGAGCCCACUGUUUACCACUCGUGAUUAUGGAAGCAAGCAAAUGAUGGAUCUUAGCCAAAAGGUCCGCCGAGUGACUCGGAAUAUCGAGAACAGUAGCUCCCGUGGAGGCGGUCCCACUCAGGUCAAAGAUCAACCACUGGAGAGGGUCGUAAAAGAUGGACAACGGAUCGUUUCGGAAGAAGUCAAGGGAUUGCUGGCGGCGGAGGUAAAAAUGCAACUCUUCCAGGGAAUUGGAGAUCAAACAAGCGCCGGAGCAUAGAUUUCUUCUCUAUUCAAGCACUAAAUAACAGAAAUAGGUUUGGUGUAUCUUCCUUUUUCACUCUUACGUAGCUGAACAGAAUCUGGUCUUAAGUAACUAUAUCGUAAUGUCUUCUAGCUGGGUUGCUUGAAAUGGUUUUGAUUCCUAUAUGAUAGGCUAGCCAAUGCUAGGUAGGUAUAUAGAAAAAGUAUAAGACAUAAGAAAAAGGAUAUAUAGAAGAAUUGAAAUCAUCAGAGUGAAAUCUGCAAACACAUAAAUCGCUAGGUAUCCUGUGUCGUAACACAUCAUUAUCCAGC